AUCCAUAUACAUUUAGUGCUGGUACAAAAGCAUUUUAGUAAAUCACUUUAAAUAAACUUUAAAUACACAUUACAUGGUACUUAGUUGUCAAGUAUUAACCGCAAUUUAAAUAGCCCAUUUGCAAUAUAGCGAGAAAGCCAAGCUCUCGACAAAAACCAGAAAGGAAAUUUCAACAAAAAAUCAAAGAACAAUAAAUACAACAACAACAAUGCAAAUUGGUAACAGAAAGCAAUUGUGUUCAGGGGUCCUGCUUAACUAACCACGAAAACCGCUUUCACAGCACAGCAGUCGGUCCUGUCCCGUCGCCUCCAAGUGUGCAUACACACAUACGCACAUAUAUAUUUUAGAUUUCACAUAAAUGCAAACAUGUGCUCAAUCUGCAGGCGGAAAUUCUAAUACAGUUGCCAUUUUCAACGGCUCUGUGGCGACUCGAAACCAAUUAUAAGCCAAGCGAUCCGCUUUCAUGGCCAAUUGUACGCCAAACGCUGCACGGAACAGUUAGUCCAAAUAAGUUUUCGAAUUAAGAAAAUAUUGUAAUAAAGUAUUUUUACAAAUUUAUUUCAAAAUAUUGUGCCAAGUGUAAAAGUUAAAUAAUAGUAAUAAAUAGAAGAUUGUUUUAGAAACAAAUUUCCAAAAAUGUUAGUAUGGAAAUUGUGGUCCAUGAUUUGGCUGCUGUGUCUACAUUCUACACUACAAAGUGAAAUGGAUAAUGAGGAUUUGAAUCACAAAUUAAGAGGCAUCAUACAAUGGAAAUAUGAGAAACGUCCUUUUUGCAACGCUUUUACUGGUUGUGGUAAAAAGCGUUCAUCUCUCCCUUACCCGUUAUGGAAACGUGCUGAGUUAGAUGAUGCCAAAAUGUAUAACAACGAAGAUAUGUCGGAAGGGCUGAGCGAUCUAAUCGACAUAAAUGCCGAGCCGGCUGUGGAAAAUGUACAAAAACAAAUUAUGUCGCAAGCCAAGAUAUUCGAGGCCAUCAAGGAGGCGAGCAAAGAGAUAUUCCGACAGAAGAAUAUGCAGAAACUGCGACAGCGCGAAACAAAUUCAGAAGUCGUCGAAGGAGUUUAGGCGAAUGACAACAAAUUAAAUAAACAAUUAAUGAAUCUUUGUGUAUUUGUGUGACCAUAAAAA